AUGUCGGCGAAAAGCUUCGCUGAGUCAACCACUUUCUAUCGGUCCGUUUGCUCACGGCAGAGAGAAUGUUGGAGGAGGCCUCUCGCCUUCGCAGUCCUUCUGUUCGUGCUCUUGUCGUGGAAGCUCAGUGAAUGGUUCUAUGGCCGCAACGUAAUCCUUAAUCAGGAGCAAAGCCCCUUCCCGGUCUUCACCGAUUGGGACGACAUACCCUCGAGCGAGAAGCUACUCUGGGUCCGAUGCGAGCUCCCCGGCAUGUUCCCUCUGGGUCGUGGCUACAUGUGCGCCCGAUUGACCGUGCCGAUGGAUUACCAACGGCCCUUGACCCAAUCAUCCGACAACCCCAGGGUCCACGUCGCCCUGGUUCUCCUCCCCGCCCUCGGCCACGGUCUGGGGACGGGGCGUUUCUCCGAGUCCCCGCUUCUCCUCAACCCCGGCGGACCCGGCGGGCCCGGCACCACAUUCACGUUCCCGCCUUUCGGCCCCGCUAUCCAGGCCGCUGCCGGAGGCAACAUCGACAUCAUCGGCUUUGACCCCCGCGGCAUUGGCGCCACGACUCCACGGGCUGACUGCUUCGUCGACACCAAGCCGGGCGAGGAUCCCUCGACCGCAGCCAAAAACCUCGCUACCAUGCACAGACUGACCUGGCUGGCAAUGGCCCACGACAUUGGUCUGCCCAACUCCACUGCUGGCGCUUUGGACCAGCUUGCACAGCGUGCCAGGGCGUUGUCGAAGCUGUGCUCCCAGAAAGAUGUCGAAGAGGGUGGUUUCAGAUACAUGGCCACGCCGAAUGUCGCGGCAGAUAUGAAGAGUAUCAUCACCGCACACGACACCUGGCUUGAGGAAAACGGGUUCGAUACCACGCCACUCGGUGCCGGUGUGUUGUCGCCUAGCGAAGCUUCUCCUCCGUCGACAAAGGGAAAACUCGUCUACUGGGGUUUCAGCUACGGCACAUUUCUAGGACAAACCUUCGCGGCCAUGUAUCCUGAUGCAGUCGGGCGACUGAUUCUGGAUGGCGUCGUAGAUUCCAGGGAGUACAAUAUGCCCACGUGGAUCUCGGGCAUGCAAGACGCAGAUGCAGUCUUUGAGAGAUUCUUCUACUACUGUCACCUUGCCAAAGAUGCAUGUGCCCUUUACCGCCAGGGCGACGAUGGUUCAGAGCAAGUCAAGCAACGAUACGAGCAGACAAUGGCCAAGCUGCGGGCUGAUCCGCUGAUCGUCGUCUCCCGCAUGGGACACAUGCCCAUCGUGCUGAUGGAGGCCGACAUUAGGAAACUGCUCUUCACUUCGCUCUACUCCCCCAUCAAGGUUUUCCCCUUGUUGGCUUCUUUGCUCAAUCGUCUAUACGUAGGCGAUGACCUCUCUGACGUGGUGGUUGCGCCUGAUUUUGGCUUCACCUGUGACGCAGAUUUUAAGCUGGUCAUCUACCCGGAGGAGAGCUCCAAGGCCAUCAGCUGCAGCGACCGGGGGUACAAGCGUAACGAGACCUUGGGAGAAAUCUAUGGCAAAUUGUCUGAGGUCAGCUCUUUCGCCGACGUUUUUUUCUCUCCCAUGAUACAUUGUGAAGGCUGGGAUAUCGAGGCCAAGUUCCCCUCUCCCGACUGGAACGCGAAUCUACAAAGCCCAGACCCCGUCAACACCUCAUUCCCGAUUCUCUUUGUAGGCAACACCUACGACCCCGUCACGCCGCUCUCCUCGGCCGUCGAAAUGUCCCGAAAAUUCACAAACGCCGGCGUCUUUGAGCUCGAGGCCGAAGGGCACUGCACCUUGGCCGCGACGUCCAUCUGCGCCAUUCAAAAGUUUCGGGAGUAUCUGCACAAGGGCGUUGUGCCGCCGCCGGUUACGGUCGCAGCCGAUGGGACAAUUUCGGGUUGGGACAAGUGUAAGGCCGACGAGCGGCCGUGGAAGCCCUUUCCGGCGGAGGCGGCGGCGGCAGUGGAUGGUGUGCGGGCGGAGGACCUGCGUGUCUUGCAGGGGUUGAGAGACGUGCAUGACGAGAUUGUCGGCCGAUUGACACCGCCAUUGAAGGUGCGUUUGCGGUAA